CCGGAUCCAACGGUGAGCUCCGUUUGUCCAAAUUCGGCUCCGAAAAUAAGGUACGAGAUAUUUUGAGCGUUUUAUUAUGGAUAAAUCAUCAUCGGACACCAUGAUUGCGCUCACUUCCACAAAUUACAAUAUGUGGAAGCCUCGCAUGGAGGAUUUGCUAAAUUUGAGGGAUUUAGCCGAUCCUCUUGAUAAUAAUGGCGUGAAACCGGAUAAAAAGACAGAUGAAGAAUGGACAAAAAUGAAUAGAAAAACAGUCACACAAAUUCGACAGUGGAUAGAUCAUAGUGUGUUCCACCAUGUUGCGCAAGAACAAAGUGCUUACACACUAUGGGAGAAGCUUGGUAGCAUGUAUCAAGCAAAAACCGCCCGAAAUAAGACGUUACUAAUGAGGAGAUUAGUACACCACAAGUUACGAGGAGGUAAUUCGGUGUCAGAACACACCAGUCAAUUCCGGGAUCUUGUGAAUCAGUUGAGCACCACUGGAUGGGUUCUCAAAGAUGAAGAGCAGGCGAUACUACUCUUGAGCUCUCUACCUGACAGCUGGGAGACUCUUGUUGUCACUCUCAGCAAUUCUGCUCCCAAUGGCAAAGUGACUAUGCAGAUGGUCACAGAUGCCCUUAUGAACGAAGAAGCCCGAAGAAAAGAAGCCGGGACUGAACAAUCAUAUGACUUCGUGUCAGAAACCAGCAGACGAGGGGGAGGCAGAAAUGGAGGAAGAAGUAGAGGUCGAGGUAGAGGCCAAGGUCAAAACAGAGGAAAUUCUCAAGUUCGCGGCCGAUCACAAGAACGAGGUAUGUCCUGUGAAAACAAUACUUGGUUUGAAGGAUAUUGCAACUAUUGUGGUAACUAUGGGCAUAGAAAAAGAGAUUGUAGAAAGUUUCUACGAGAGCAGCCACAGACGAGUCAAAAUACUAGCCAAGAAGACGGUGAGACCAUGGUUAGUUUGUCAUCAGACGUGUGUCUUGUUACACAUGGUGAACAAGAAUGUUUACACGUAGGUACUCAUGAUGUUGAGUGGGUGAUUGAUACAGCCACAUCAUUUCACGCUACUCCACACCAGAACUUUUUCACAUCUUAUAAGUCAUGAGACUUUGGAGCUGUGAAGAUGGGAAACACGAGUUUCUCGAAGAUUGUUGGCAUUGGUGAUGUGCACAUAACAACCAAUGUCGGAUGCGCACUUUUGUUGAAAGAUGUUCGACAUGUUCCGGAUCUUAGAUUGAAUCUUAUCUCCGGUACAGCUCUGGAUCAACAAGGAUAUCUUAACCGAUUCAAAGAAGGUACGUGGAAGUUAUCUAAAGGUUCCUUGGUUGUUGCAAGAGGCCAUAUUUGUGGUACUCUUUAUAAAACUCAUGCAAAGUUGUGUCAUCCAAGUCUUAAUGCUGUUGAAGAAGAGAUAUCACCAAACUUGUGGCACCGGAGGCUAGGCCACUUGAGCGUGAAGGGAUUGACAACUCUUGCAAAGAAGGACGUCAUUUCCAUGGGCAAAGGUGUUGCCCUAGAUCUAUGCGAACACUAUCUAUUCGGGAAACAACACAGGGUUUCCUUCAGUUCUACCAGGAAGAACCAUUCAGAGUUACUCAGUCUUGUACACUCUGAUGUAUGCAGACCCAUUGAAGAGGAGUCACUUGGAGGAAGCAGAUAUUUCGUGACAUUCAUUGAUGAUGCAUCACGAAAGGUAUGGGCUUAUUGUUUGAAGAGUAAGGAUCAAGUGUUUGAUCGCUUCAAAUUAUUUCAUGCCAUGGUAGAAAGAGAAACAGGGAAGAAGCUGAAGUGCCCGCGUUCAGACAAUGGAGGAGAGUACACUUCUCGGGAGUUCUCAGCAUAUUGCGCCUCAUAUGGAAUUAGACAUGAAAAGACGGUUCCACGAAGUCCGCAACACAAUGGUGUAGCCGAAAGAAUGAAUCGGACCAUUAUGGAGAAAGUUCGUUGCAUGCUGAGUAUGGCUAAACUACCUAAGCCAUUUUGGGGUGAAGCUGUGCUGACAGCUUGUUAUCUUAUAAAUAGGUCACCUUCUGUUCGUUUAAACUUUGAAGUGCUAGAGAAGAAAUGGUCAGGAAGAGAUGUUUCUUACUCUCACUUAAAAGUGUUCGGGUGCAAGGCAUUUGCACAUGUGUCCAAGGAGUUGAGACAGAAGCUGGAUCUCAAGUCAAACCCAUGCAUCUUCAUCGGGUAUGGUGAUGAAGAAUUCGGAUACCGGUUGUGGGAUCCCAAAUUGAAGAAAGUUGUACGAAGCAGAGAUGUUGUAUUUCAUGAAAACGAGUUUCAUGGGUGUGCUCCAAUAAUCCGCCAACAACAUACUCUAGAAGACAAAGUGCCUGCAUCAUCAAACAUUCCUCUCAGCGACGAGGAGAUGCAUGAUACUACUGAACAAGAGAGUGAUGGUUCAGUAGAUGAUGAUAUUCCUCAGCAGGGGAAGCCUUCAUCUGAAGAUGAAGCUGAAGGUAUUCAUGUUCGACGUUCUAUGCGAGGCAUAGUUCCACAAAGAAAGUAUUCCACAUCCGAAUGGAUACUUGUUGCUAGCGAGGGGGAGCCUCCGAGCAUCGCAUGAACGAGAGAAAUAAAGAAAAAGGUGGAGGGGGAGAUUUGUAGAGAGUUUCCACCUUCUUUCUUGGAAGUUGCCAAGAGACAUAUAACACCUUCUAGGAAGGAGCUAUCAAACACAUGAACAUGGAAGGAGAUAUGGAGAUAACUAGGAAGCUUGGAUGCAACUUCCUCUUGUCUCCAACUUAGCCUAUAAAUAAAGUGUUCUAUUGUUGUUCAUAUCAUCAGUUUAGAAAGUGAGAAAAGUGUGUGAAGAGUGAAAUACACUUAGAGUAGAAGUGUAUUGGUGAGGAUUGGUUUUUUGUAAUAGUUGAGUGUGAGAGUUUGCUCCUCC